ACGAAGACAAGGAACAGUCAGCGUCGAGCAGCGUUUCCGCUCCGCUUGUGCGUUCCUCCGCAAGAGGACGAGAUGAGUUCUCUCAUCCUUGUAUCAAUUAUUUCCAAAUAUUUGAAACCUCUCGAAAAAUCGUAAAACUGUACGAUACGACAAAAAGGAAAUAAGAAAAAGAGAAGAGGACAAACAAAAAGAAGGAAAAACGGGAAGGGAAAAAAAGAAAAAGAAAAAAUAGAAACGAAAAAUAAAAAUAAAUACAAAAACGACGAUAGGGGUGUGCGGCCGCGCGCGCGCGCGCACGCAAGAAACUCAGAUUCAUGCUGGUUCAUUUCGGAUCUUUUAUUUUCUCAUUCUUAUCAUUUUCACGCUCGAUUCGAUUUCGACAAGGGUACGUAAGGUCGCACACGCGUUCGAAGCAUGGCCAUCAUGCAAUCCUGUUGCUGUUGGCAAUCAGUUCGCAGAGGGAGUUACGCUUGUGCCAUUUAUACCGGAAUUUACUUUAUUAUCUUAGCCAUUACAACUGGAACAGUCUUGCAAGCCGAAAGUGAAUAUUUAUCUGGAAAUCGAUCAUUACCAGAAUCGUCGAGUUUCUUAGAAGUUGAUACAAUAUCCCCUGCUACCGUACGAUUCAAUAUAACUUUUUUGAUAUGUUCGUGUUCUGGUGUAAUCUGUACUAUUCUUCUCGUAUAUGGCUUACUCAAGGACAAGCGAAUCUUCCUCUUGCCAUGGAUCGUUAACGUGAUCGCUUGCAGUAUGGUCGACAUUGCGCACGCUUUGUAUCUCAUAAUUGUGACACCCAACUUUAAUCCAAUAACGGCGAUGCUCUACACGCUCAACUUUUUUCUUCUAUGUUUAAACGUAUACUCUCUUCUCUGCGUCAUCUCGCAAUAUCAGGAAUAUUUGGCCGGCCGUGGUACGGCAGCGGAUGACAAUGACUACAGGGUCAGUAUUCUGAGAGUCUCACGACGGAAAGGGCAACGGGAUAAGGGAAGAAAAGUUCCAGCGGUGAGAUACACGGUACAACCGACGACAACUGCGACAUCCUGUUUGAGCUCACGAAGAGCACCGACCAAUAACGAGACGAAGGCAACACCAACGCCAACGCAAAGUCCAACCGCGGUACGGACUGUUCUUUCGUGUACUGAAAAGAGUCCUACGGUAGGACGAGCAAAUAAGAAGCACGUUCAAUUUCCGGACACGCCAACACCGACAUCAAGCUCGACGCCAACGGCAAUACCGAUGUCCCUGGAAAAAUCAGAAAUUCCUCUGACGGACUCCAAUGCAAAGUAUACCCUGGAUGUAGGAGUUUCUCUCGAAAAACAUUAAUAAUUAAUCAUAGAUUAAUUGUUUCAAACACAAGCUGGUAGUUAAAAUUCUCGCAGAGUGAGAUACUAUCUAUUCAUAUUUCGCGAUCGAUCGUUUUUACUAGGACAAUCUCCUCUACGAAGGACUUCAUUAAAUUAUCUCGUCGCGAAUCGUUAAUACUCAAAAUAUUACGCUACUACAAAAUAAAUGGACUUGCAAUGAACCAACGGUACCUGUUGUUUGUAUAUGUAUAUAUUUUUUAGAGAUAUAAAAAGAUAUGUAACAUUUUUCAAUAAAUCAUCUAUAUAUGAGA